UAAUUUUCGCAUUUCCUCCUCCCUCUCUCCAUCUCUCUAGUCGUCCUCCAAAUUAAGACCCAAAACAAAACCACCGGCGACUCAACGUUUUUCCGAUGGAGGGGCCACGGCUUCCUCCUCAGCCAUAUGCCGCCGCCGACGAAGACAAGCCCGACGAUCCUCCCUCCUCCGCCGUCCACCGCCCCUCCGCCAGUCUCCCCGACCUCCCCUCUGCCUCGGCCACCCCCUCCCCCUCCCAUUGGCGGAAGCAUUCCCUCAACUUCUCCCCCUCCCUCACUCCGCCACGUCCUCCUCCGCCGGAACCCAUCCCCGAGGUCGAGACCUAUGUCGUCCAAGUCCCACGUGACCAGGUCUAUUGGGUCCCUCCCCCCGAACACGCCAAAAUCGCCGAACGGAGAAGGAAACCGGAGAAAGCCAAGAAAGGUGGAUGUUGUAAACGCCUUGCAUGGUUCCUCUUCGUCUUGAUCGUUCUCGGGAUCAUCGCCGGUGUUAUCGCUUUGGUCGUUAAUUUCGUCUUCCGACCAGUUCCUCCGUUGUUCACCAUCGAGAACUUCGCUGUCAAAACCCAGAAAUCUCGCAUUCUGUCGUUUGAUAUCACGUUGAGAGCCGAGAACCCCACGUCAAACAUGGGGGUCGAUUACAUGCAGAGCGCCGGCGUUUCGAUCUCUUACAAGAACAAGAAUCUCGGACGUGGGAGGUUCCCGAAGUUGUCGCAAUCCGCGUCCGGAUCCGACAAAGUUCGUCUGAAGCUCGACGGAUCCAAGAACGCGUCGUUGCCUCCGGAAUCGAAACAACCGGUGAAACUGGUUCUGACGGCUGAUCUCGAUGCGAAGUACGGUGUAGGACCGUUGAAACGGAACAAGGGAGUGACGGUGACGUGUUAUGUGAAGGUGAAAGGUUUAGAUGCGAAGAAGGUUCAGAUUGUGUCGGAGAAUUGUGAGAGCGAAUUCAUCGUCAUCAAGAAGAAGUGAAAAUGUGUUCGUAAACAUGCAUGCAUGGGAUCGAUUCUACGUGUCUUUAGAUGUGUGUUGUCGUAUAAUGUGUGCGAUGUAACGUUGUUUUGUUCCUCUGUCUUUGUAUUACAUGUUCAUGUUUGUAUUCAUGUUUUUUUGGUCUAAGAAAAUCUAAAAAAAAUCAAGGCCGAAUUGCCUCAA